AUGGCAGGAACUAUGGUCGCCGUGAGGAUGAUCGCUCACGGCGCGAACGCUCACGUGAGCGCGGGCGGUCGUUGGAGAGGUCACCGCGGAGGCCUGAGUGCUCGCCGCAGAGGCCGGCCUUUCGCGCAGAUCUGGUCCCUCUCGCGCCAGAUCGCCGAGGAGAAGGUGCAGAGCGAGAAGGAAGAGGCGGAUUCGAGUCCCACCGUGACGUGGGGCGCGGCGACGGCGCGCUCGCAUCAGGCCAGCGACAGCAUCGCGAUGGGGGGCACGCUGGCGGCGCGCGCUCGCCAGAUCCGCGGCCGCAGCGUGACGAGAGGCGCGAAGGCGGCUACCGCUCGCCUGAUCCGCGGCCGCUGCAUGAGCAGAGGCGCGGAAGCAGUUACCGCUCGCCAGAUCCGCGACAGCGCCGUGACGGAGAACGCGGAGGCAGUGCGCACUCGCCAGAUCCGCAGAGGUAUCACGGCGGGAGGAGCAAGGGGGGCUCGCGCUCACCAGAUCCGCAUCACUAUCGUGAUGGGAGACGCGAAGGUGGCUAUCGCUCGCCUGACACACGACGGUACCAUGGAGGGAGGUGGGGAGGUGAGGCGUGCUCGCCAGAUUGGCGUCAGCGACACGAGGAAAGCCAGGGAGGCAGAUACCGCUCGCCGUCGCGGCAGCGGAGCAGGGAUGGAAGGCAGGGCGCUGAGUCUCGCUCGCCUGGGCGGUAUCGGCAGCCUGACGAAAGACGUGCCGGAGAAGGAGGACAGGAUCAACGCGGCAGCAGAGUGGGAGGCAGCGGGCUGA